UUGCAUUUUCAGGUUAUAAACAAUCACAAUGGCCAUCUAGAGACUUGCAUAAUAUGCCAUUACUCAUACCAAUUAGAAGACGGAACGCUUGCUUCUUGGAUCCAAUCACUGACUAGUAUGAAACACACCAAAAAUCUUAUCCUUGCAAAUUUUAAUGGUCACCUCGUACCAACAAUUGAAGCCUAUGUGCUUAAGCUUUCCCCAGAGAUAUUCUACCACCCAAAGCUAAGAACACUCUCGCUAUAUCAAUACAUAUUACAGGAUGCACAUGCCUUUAACAAUUGUAGGAAUCUCAAGCACCUUGAACUCUUGCAAAUCUUUGCUGAGAUUGGUGUUUUCAACGAAGUCAUCUCGUCUUGCCCCUCCCUGGAGGUUCUUAUCCUACAAAUCAUUUUCUUCAACCCCAGUGGUCAUUUGAAGAUUGAUCAUAAAAAUUUAAGGAUCUUGUCCAUCUCAUGCAACCAAAUUGAUAGCAUUGAAGUGCGUGCAACUCGUCUUGAUAUUCUCUCCAUAGAAAAUAUCCUAUGUGAGAGUGAUAAGGUCGUUCUCGAAAUCCCUAGACUCCCGUUUGGUAGAAACUAUUGGGUAGCAGGAAGGCUCUUUCCUCAUACCAGCAUCAAUAUCUCAUGUCCCCCUAAGAAGAACGAAAGCAGUGGGAUGGCGAGGCCUCUCAACAAUGUAACAUUUCUUGCAUCUUUAUCUGUGAGUUUAGAUUUGAAGAAUCCUCGAGAAGUCGAGGUGCUAAGGAAAAUGUUAGCUGUUUGGACUGAAAAAAUGAUAGAACUUGAAAUAUCAUUUAAGCAUAACAAUUCUCUUGGGGAAGAAGGCAAAUCUUCUAAAGGUGGAGCAAAUAACAAGCUGUGGGAGAAGGCAGAACCGUUUCCCAAUGCUGAUUUUCGCGUGGAUACUAUAUGGAUGCACAAUUUCAGCGGUUCAAGUAAAGAACAAUUUGCACUAGCUUCGCGUUUUGUGAUGCAAAAGACAGUAAUGAAGAAGAUGAUGAUUAAGACCUCAUCUGACGAAAAGAAGAAGAAAAGGAUAGAAGCGGCAGUUGCCAAGCUAAAGGAACUUCCAAAAGGUAACAAGGAGCUUAGUAUCGAAUGCUUCUAAUGAGAUUUGGUUUGGAUCUAUCUAUAAGAAGUCAUGAAAGUGAAGAUUAAAUAUGGUCUGAACUCUCAAUCUCAACUUUCAAGUAAUUAAUUAAUGUUUUCAGUGUUUGUUUGAUGUUGUAAUAUCUGGGAUUUACUUUGUCCUCAUAAUCAUGCCUAAGGUAUAGACAUCUUUACAUAAUGU